AAUAAAAAAAUCUAUUGUUUGUCGUAGCUCCGCCCACAUCCCCGUUUGUUUAUAUGUUCUCCAUAGCAACCGUUUUUUGUCCCGCCCACAUCGGGAGCUGACAUUGAGGCUGCUAUGGCAACUUUGUGUUUACUAGACGGAUAGUUAGAAGUUGUGCUCGGAUUAGCGGUUAAACGUUUACAUAAAUAAACUACUUUUACAAGUUAUAACCAUCCAGUGUAAUGUCUCAGGUAGAAAAAGCACCUCCUAAGUUUCUGCCUCCUGAAUGGGAACAUGCAAACCACUUGCACUUCAGGAGAGCUGAGGCUGAGCGAGCACGCUCAGAGCGACUCACGGAUGAGUGUAAGAGACUGAUAGAGGAGAGCGAGAAGACGGUGAAACGCAUGCAGCAGGAUGCUAACAACCGCCUGGAGCAGAGACUCAAAGAUAUUAAGUUCUGGAGGCAGGAGCUGGAGCAGAAACUGCAUGAGAUGGUGCAGGAGAUCGAGCUGCUACUGACUAUGAAGAGCCGAGUAGAGAGAGCUCUGGGGAGUUGCGCCGAACCUCUCCAAGCCACUCUGGACUGUCUGAACGAGAGGCAGAAGCGCGUGGAAAUAGACCUUGUUCAUGACAACUUGGAGAAGGAGCUUCUGAAGGAAAAGGACGUGAUCGAGGGAGUAUUGACUCUCCUCCAGCGCACUCUGGAGCAGAUCAUUGAGCAGAUCAGACUCAACCGUGCAGCCAAAUACUACCUGGAGAAAGAUCUGCGGGAUAAAUUUCAGGCCGAACGCAUCGACGAUUUCUGCUCCCUGCUCAGCAGCACCACAGCGAGCGGCGAGGAGCAGGCUGGAGCCGGGCAGCGUCCUGAUGGAGGACUCGCCGUAACACCUCAGGAAUGGGAGACGUUCUCUGACGUGAACAUCGGCAAGGCAGAGAAGGAGAGGAAUAACUCGGCAUCUCUGCGGGCCCUGGUGGAGAACCUGCUGGCACAGACGGCGGCAGACAUGCGCAGGCAGCACGAGGCCACCGGCUCGGCCCUGGAGCUGCGCAUACACGAAACCAGAAGUGCUAAAGCAAAUCUGGAAGAUCAGCUGAGCAAGCUGCUGGUGGAGAUCGCAAGACAGGAACAAAACCUCAAUGCUCUGAAAGUAGCUGUUGCUGAUAAAGAAGGGCCGCUAAAGCUGGCAGAGGCACGUUUGCACACACGCCAACAACGACCCAGAGCUGAGCUGUGUAACGAUCGCGCUCACACACACCUGCUCACCGAAGUACAACAGCUUAAGAGCCAAGUGUCCAGGUUGAAAGACGGUUUAUCCCAGUCAGAGAUGGAGCUCAAAGCUCUGACCAGAAGCCAGCUGCUCCUGGAGGAGGAGAUCCAGGUCAAAUCAAACUCACUUUACAUAGACGAAGUGAUCUGCACACAGCUCCGACAGCCAAUCACCAUUCACGUCUUCUGA